UUCUUUGCAUUUAUUAAAAGAAAGCUUAUAUAUAUUGAAUAUGAACGAGAUAAAAGACGUGGGGAGAAGGCUCAAAGAAGCCUGUUUGAGUGGGAGUGUUGCAACGUUAGAGGCAUUGAUUGAGGACGAUGAACUCAUCCUCGACCGAGUUAGCUCCCUCUCGGGUUUCUACAGUGACAGCCCUUUGCAUGUAGCUGCAUUGCGCGGUCAUUUAGAUUUCACAAAAGCCCUUCUGUGUCGAAAACCAAAACUUGCCACCGAGUUAGACUUGCAACGACGUUCGCCCCUCCACGUGGCUUCUGCUGAGGGCCACGUUGAGAUUGUACGAGAGUUGGUACAUGGGAACCUGUUCCCCCACCUCUGCUUCGCUCGUGACCAAGAUGGUAGAAUCCCUCUCCAUUUGGCGGCCAUAAAAGGGCGAGUCGAGGUCAUACAAGAAUUGCUUAGGGCAGAACAAGAUUCAAUUCAUGAAAAACUAGACAGAGGAGAGACUGUUCUACACUUGUGUGUCAAAUAUAACAAGUUAGAGGCUUUACAAGCACUAGUGCAAUAUCUGCAGAGCAAUGACAAGGAGUUGAGAAUGGAGAUUCUCCUCAACUCAGAAGACCAUGAUGGCAACACUAUCUUGCAUUUUGCAGCAGCCCUUAAACAAAUCGAUACCAUAAAAUAUUUGUUGGAAAUAAAGAGUGUCAAAGAUCGAGCCAAUGUCAAGAAUCAAAACUGUUUUACUGCUUUAGAUAUUGUGGAGCACUGCCCUGUCAGAGAUCUAAAAACCAUGGAAAUCAAGGAGUUACUUUUACAAGCUGGUGUUCAUAAAUCCUUCUACAUGAGGCCGGAUUCCAGCCCUGGAUCACCACCCGAUAAUCCUCCUACUCCUCCUCAACCUUGGUGUAAAGCUAGAGAUUGGAUUUAUAUGUUUUGGAAAAAGUAUUUCAAGUUUGACCAUGGCUGGCUCCAACAGGUACGUGGCCAUUUAAUAACAGCAGCCACCCUGACGGCAACCGUGGCUUAUGACUCUAUUAUGAGUCCUCCUGGUGGUUUUUGGCAAGAUUCCGAUAAUGGUCAUACGGCGGGAGAAGCUAUUCUGGACAGUUCUCACAGUCCCUAUUUCGCAAGAUACUUGGUUAUUAACACCGCAAUGUUAAUAGCAUCGUGUAUCACUAUUAUGCUGGCCUUGACUGGAUUCCCAAUCCACAACAAGUUUCUAAUAUGGGUGUUGGUAUUUACUGUGUAUAUCACACUCUCGUGUAUGGUUGGAGCUUAUGUGCUGGCAAUCAUAGUAGUAACCCCAAACGUAGAGGAUGAUUUCAAGCUCUCUUUGAAGAUCUCUGUGGGAUUGGAACUUUGUUGGAUGGGAAUAUGUGGAUUUGUUGCAGUGCUUCACGCAUUCCACUUCUCGGUGUGGCUGCGGAACAAGUUUCGAAACCUCGUUACAAUAUAUAGAAGUCACAAGUGCAUGGGAAACUUCUGCUAGCUAGUCUUUGGGUUUGUGCUUGUGGUUCGGGAUAGUUGUUGCAGACUAGCUAGAGGAUCUGGUGUGGUCGUCAAUCAUUGGUAAAGAUCGAUAAAUGUGUGAUUGAGACCCGUUAUUUGUAUGAUCAGUGUGUGUAGUAUUUAUGUAAUUUGUGUGUGUCCACUAGCCUAUGGUGUGUAGUAGUAUGAAAAAAGCCCGAGUCUUCUUUUUGUAUUUGUUUGUAUAUAAGGUUGUUCAUGGAUAACA